AUUGUUAUUAAUAUAAAUACUGUAUUUAUCUAAAGUUCCGUGAUAAUAGUUUAAUUAUUAAUAAUAAACAAUUGUUCAGACGGUAUUGAACUAUGUAUAUUGUGACACGAACAAAAUGUUAGUCGAGAAUUUCGUAAUAAUAUCUAUUUUAUACGUGCUCUUUUUAAUAUGGCCCCAAUAUAUUAGUGCUUCACCAAUUGCAGAGGACUGGACCACAAGAUUAAUCUGCAGAAAUGGAGAAUUCCGAUGUAAUAACGGUGAAUGCGUAGAAGAUGUGAGCCGGUGCAACGGUACUACCGAGUGCAGUGAUGGAAGUGACGAGACCUCUGUCUUAUGCAGACAUCGCAAACCUCGUUCUACUACCUGUGAGCUUCCACCGCAACCAGAACACGGGUCUUACACGAAAUUAGAAGUUGAUAACGUACCAUCUUAUGUAGACGACUAUGUAGUACUGAAUUACACUUGUAAUCAACCGUUCAGGUUGAUUGGGAAGCCUUUUGUUAUAUGUAAUAAUGGAAAUUGGAAUCAUGAGUUGCCAACUUGUCAAGCUUUAUGUAAACUGGCAAAGAAUCUUCGAACAGAGUACAGAUGCCUGCUUUCUGGCAAGCAAACAGGCUACAAGAUAUGUGACUUCAUGGUCCCUGAAGGAACCAGAGUGCAGCCAGUUUGCAAGAAUUAUCAUUAUAACCCUGAUGGGGAUCUGCCUAUUAUGAUGUGUAAAGAUGGCAAGUGGAAUUAUACAGCUACGUGUGUUAUUGAUUGUGGCAAACCAGUAUCAAAAGGCAUACCAUUAAUGGCUGGAGGUGACCCCGCAAAGAGAGGGGAGCUGCCCUGGCACGCAGGAAUAUACUCCAAGAAGGCCACACCUUACGAACAGAUCUGUGGAGGUUCCAUAAUCAGCUCCAAGGUGGUUGUCUCUGCUGCCCACUGUUUCUGGGAAUCUGGGCAUCGUAUGCUGCCGUGCAAGUAUGCUGUGGCUGCUGGGAAGGUGUACCGUGACUGGGAUGACCCUAAAGAUGAUUAUGUACAACGACAAGAUGUCAUAGACAUAAAGAUCCCGCCUCGUUUCCGAGGAGUUGAGACCAACUUCCAAGAUGAUCUGGCCCUGGUGGUCUUACAAAAAGGACUGCAAUUCGUCAUGUACAUCCGACCAGUGUGUCUGGACUUCGAUUAUAAGUUUGAUGAAGAACAAUUGAAGGCCGGGAGUUUGGGAAAGGUGGCUGGUUGGGGCUACACGUCAGCUGCUGGUCAGCCGUCUCCCUUCUUGAAAGUGGCUGAACUGCCGAUUGUCAGCUUAAACAGAUGCUUCAACGAAACUCCUCAUGACUUCACCUCUUUCAUCACCACAGAUAAAAUCUGUGCUGGUUAUACUAAUGGCACAGCGGUAUGCAAAGGCGACAGCGGCGGCGGCCUGGCAUUCCCAGAAAUGACAGGUCACGUCACUCGAUACUACCUCCGUGGUCUCGUCUCUACGGCACCUUCAGACGAUCUAAAUUGUAACACGCAGACUAUAACAGCAUUUACACAUCUGUUGAGGCACCAGAGUUUCAUACAGAGCCAUUUUAUUGAAUACCAAAAGUUGAAGUUUCUGCAUUUCGAUUCUAGGAUGGUGACCCAGUAUAAUUAUACUGCUACUGAAUGCCCGAAUUAAAAAAGUAAAGAUAAACUAAUAAAUAUCGCGUCAUCUUCACACGGUUGGUAAGCCUCAUGGUAAGCUAUUUAUCAGCUUAUGUUUUGGGUGCUAACACAACUGGGGCCCGAUUCUCCUAAGUUAAUUAUCUCAAAAUCGAAUAGAAAUCGAAUCGCAAUAUGAUCGCAAUAGCAGUUUUAACCAUAUCGGGCAUUCUGCUACUAAUAAAAGACCAAUCGUAUUCGAUUGACAUUUGAUUGGUGUGCGAUUGGUCUGCUAUUUUGGUAAUUUUGGUCUAUACGGUAGUUUUCUGUACAAUCAUUUUGCAAUCGUAAAUCAUUUGCAGACAAAGUGAUUCAUUAUUGAAUGACAGAAAAGGAUAAAAACGUUUAUUUCAAAGAAAAAAUAGCGGAAUGCCACAUACGCUUCAAUCGUAAUCGAGUCGGGAUUGGAUCUCAGUCGAAUCGAGUCGAACGUCAAUCGAAUGUUGCUUAAGUAAAAUUAGGAGAAUCGGGCCCCUGA